AUUAAAAAGUUGUUUUCGGCAAAAUACUAGAAGAAAAAGGAAAGAAAAAAAAGAAGAAGAAAAACUGCAAUCUGAUUCGCACUAUAUAAACAAACUGUAAGCUUAAGGUCUCUCAAAACAUAUAUCGAUCAUACGGAGGUAGAGGACGCUGAGAACGGAGAAUCCUAAAUCGUAGCUCGUCACCGUAAGCUUACUUCUCUCUGCUUCGUUUCGCGGCGGUUAUUAGGGUUUAAUCUCGUCGGCGUUUUGAAAGUUCUUCGAUUAGAUCAGAUUUGUGGUUAACAUUGUUUAUCUGUUUGAUCUUGAAUCCUUGGGUUUUGGUGAUGGCGAACUUGGGAGAGAAGAUUGAUCCUAAGUCCUCUGGAGAUAGAAUUGCUAAGGGAAGGCCUCUGGAGCGUGAUGAUACAGUUUCUGAUCGGCAGAGCAAGAGGCAUUGUAUUAGAGAUGAUGAUGUGGUUUAUCAGCCCAAGACUAAGGAGACAAGGGAUGCUUAUGAGGCUAUGAUUGGCCUUAUUCAGCAGCAUCUGGGUGGGUUGCCUUUGAAUAUUGUUAGUGGUGCCGCAGAUGAGAUCUUGGCUCUUCUCAAUAACGAUGCAGUCAAUAACCCUGAAAAGAAAUUGGAGAUUCAGAAGCUUCUAAAGCCUAUACCUGAGGAGAUGAAUCAGGUUUUUGAUCAGCUUGUUUCCUUUGGGAAAUUGAUCACCGACUUUGGUGUGGCUGUUGAGUUUGAGGAGGACGAAGAAGAGAGUGAUUCUGAUAUAGCCCAGGAUGAAGAACUUCAGGAAACUGGAGGUAUGCAGGUGGAUGCAGGGGAGGGCACGAGUCUGAACGUUCAGGAUAUUGAUGCAUACUGGCUCCAGAGAGAAACAGCGAUAGAGAGGGAGGAGAACCUGCUGAAAAGUCUUUAUGAAGCAGCCCGGUGUUUGAAGGACAGAACUGUUGCUGAUAGAGAUUUAGAAAGUGGUUGGUUCAAGGGUCAGCGUCAGAUGCUGGACCUGGAGAGCUUGGCUUUUGACCAAGGUGGUUUCCUGAUGGCGAAUGAGACGUGUGUCCUUCCACCUGGCUUCUACAGAAGUCGUGGCGAGGGAUAUGAUGAACUUAACGUCCCAUGGGUUUCUAAAAAGGUGGAUAUCAAUGAGAAGCUUGUGAAGAUCACGGAGAUGCCAGCUUGGGCUCAACCGGCUUUUAAGGGAAUGCAACAGUUGAACAGUGUUCAGAGCAAAGUAUAUGAGACCGCACUAUUUAAGGAAGAUAACAUUCUUCUUUGUGCUCCAACCGGUGCUGGGAAAACCAAUGUUGCCAUGCUCACCAUUCUCCAGCAAAUCGGAUUCAAUAAGAAGGGUGAUGGAACAUAUAACCAUGGAAAUUACAAAAUUGUCUAUGUUACACCCAUGAAAGCCCUUGUUACUGAGGUAGUCAGUAACCUGUCUUAUCGUCUGAAGGAUUAUGGAGUUACUGUGAAGGAACUCAGUGGGGAUCAGUCUCUUAGUGGGAAAGAAAUUGAGGAGGCCCAGUUAAUUGUUACCACACCAGAAAAGUGGGAUAUCAUCACCAGGAAGUCUAGUGAUAUCCAGCUUGUGAGACUUGUUAUUAUCGAUGAAAUCCAUCUUCUUCAUGAUAAUAGAGGGCCUGUGCUUGAAAGCAUUGUCGCUAGAACUCUUAGACAGAUUGAUACCAUGAAGGAGAAUAUUCGCUUGGUGGGUUUGUCAGCUACACUGCCAAAUUAUGAAGAUGUGGCCUUAUUUUUGCGGGUUGAUCUUAAGAAAGGGUUAUUUAAGUUCGACCGCAGCUACAGACCAGUGCCUCUUGGUCAGCAGUAUAUUGGAAUCAGUGUGCAAGAACCGUUGCAGAAGUUCCAGAUGAUGAAUGAUCUUUGUUAUCAGAAAGUGUUGGCUGGUGCUGGAAAGCACCAGGUUCUUAUUUUUGUUCAUUCGAGGAAGGAGACAGCAAAAACUGCAAAAUCAAUAGUGGAGAAUGCAAUGGCUAACGAUACCGUCAGCAGAUUCUUGAAAGAAGAUAGUGCAAGUCGUGAAGUUCUUCUGAGUCAGAUUGAACUUACUAAGAAUGGUGAUCUGAAAAACCUUCUACCUUACGGUUUUGCUAUUCAUCAUGCUGGGCUAACAAGGGGUGAUCGGGAGAUAGUUGAGGCACUUUUUGGUGAAGGGCAUGUGCAAGUCUUGGUUUCCACAGAAACUCUCGCAUGGAGUGUGAAUUUGCAUGCUCAUACUGUCAUAAUCAAAGGAACCGAGGUCUAUAAUCCUGAGAAAGGGGCGUGGAUGGAACUCACUCCCCUGGAUGUUAUGCAGAUGCUUGGUCAUGCUGGAAGACCUCAGUAUGAUCAAUAUGGGGAAGGUAUAAUUAUCACUAGCUACAGCAAGGUGCAGUUUUAUCUUUCUUUGAUGAAUGAGCAACUACCUAUUGAAAGCCAGUUUAUUUCAAAACUUGCUGAUCAGCUUAAUGCUGAAAUUGCGCUUGGAACGGUUCAGAAUGCUAGAGAGGCUUGCCAUUGGCUUGGCUAUACGUAUCUAUAUUACCGUAUGGUUCGUAAUCCAACGCUUUAUGGGUUAGCGCCUGAUGUCCUUGCAAAAGACGUAGUGUUGGAGGGAAGAAGAGCUGACCUGAUACACUCAGCUGCUACUAUCUUGGACAAAAACAACUUGGUUAAGUAUGACAGGAAAAGUGGAUGUUUCCAAGUUACUGAUCUGGGAAGGAUUGCUAGCUACAACUGUGUAAGUCAUGGGACCAUAGUUACGUACAAUGAGCUUUUGAAGCCAACGAUGGGUGCUAUAGAUCUUUAUCAUCUGCUAUCACUGAGUGAGGAGUUCAAGUAUGUGACUAUUGGGCCAGAUGAGAAGAUGGAACUGGCGAAACUUUUGGGUCGUGUCAUGGUUCCGAACAAGGAAACUCUGGAGGAGCCCAGUGCAAAGAUUAAUGUUUUGUUACAGGCAUACAUUUCACAGCUUAAGCUUGAGAGUCUUUCUUUGACAUCAGACAUGGUUUUUAUAGGUCAGAACGCUGGACGUCUUGUACGAGCUCUCUAUGAAAUUGUAUUGAAACGCGGAUGGGUUCAACUGGCUGAGAAAGCUCUGAAAAUGGUUGGGAGGAUUACUAGAAAAAAAAAAAAUUAGGCUAUUUGCUAUUGACUCUAGAUCAGCAGAUUACUGGUACCUUGUUUCUAGUUCUGUCAACUAGCAUCUCAAGCGACUUGAUUUAAGGUUACUCUUCUAUUUUUCUGUAAAUUUAUUUGACUGUGUCCAUUUUUUUGGGUCAAAUUUUCCAGUUUCUUUUUGUUUUAACACACACCAAUAAUAUUCAUGGCAGUAAUCUCGUGUCCAUCUUUUCGCCUCAUGUGGCUGACCGGCUGUAUUUACAAUAGCGGGUGUUUAAAUUACACCUGCAUUGCUUGACUCUCUU